CACAUAAACUCACUGUGUAACUAAAGUCAAAACCGUAAACAAGGCAUGCAACCUUGAGGUUUUAAUAUGAUUAAAUCGCUGCAUGGGAAGACGGCGAGUGUGUGAAGAGAGAGAGGCUGAGGCAGGUAGAGAGAGCUAGGCGGGCAGCGGCAGCCCUGCGGGCUUCAGUCUGCCCAGUGUGCGGAGGAAUCCCCCGGAGAAGCGGCUCCACUCUGCAGCACAUUCAUCCCCACCUCGGCAGACAUGAGGCCGGCGUCGCUGCUACUGUUCUCGUGGGUUUGUUUUGGUGCACUUUUCCUGCAGACCAGCUGUGAGGACAGAAGACUCCCGGCGGAGAAACUUCUAGUAGUGACCGUUGCAACCAAUGAGACAGAUGGCUUCAAGCGGUUUUUGAGGUCAGCUAAACACUUCAAUUACACAGUCAAGGUCCUCGGCCGAGGUCAGACAUGGAGAGGAGGGGAUUACAUGUCGGCUCCAGGAGGAGGCCAGAAAGUGAACCUCCUCAAAGCAGCUCUUCAGGAGAUGAAGGACGACGACCUAAUCAUCCUCUUUAUUGACAGCUAUGACGUGGUCUUCGCCUCGAGUCCCAAAGAGCUGCUCAGGAAGUUCCAGCAGGCCAAGCACAAGGUGGUGUUCUCGUCCGAGAGCCUGAUCUGGCCCGACAGACACCUGGAGGACAAACACCCCUACGUGAGGGAGGGCAACCGUUUCCUGGGCUCAGGAGGUUUCAUGGGCUUCCUUCCCAACGUCAGAGACAUGGUCGCUAACUGGACGGGAAAAGACGACGACAGCGACCAGCUGUUCUUCACCAAGAUUUACAUCGACCCAGUGAAGAGGAAAUCCUUGAAUAUCACCCUGGACAGUAGAUGCAGACUGUUUCAAAACCUCCACGGAGCCCUGGACGAGGUGGUGCUGAAGUUCGAGGACGGUCGCGUACGAGCCAGAAAUGUGGUGUACGAUACGCUGCCAGUCAUCCUGCACGGAAACGGACCAACAAAGUUGCAGAUCAACUACCUGGGCAACUACAUCCCCAACACCUGGACGUUUGAGACUGGCUGCGUCGUGUGUCACGAGAAUCUGCUUUCUCUCGCAGCUCUGAAGGAGAGUGAAUACCCACUGGUGAUGAUCGCCAUCUUCGUUCAGGAGCCCACUCCAUUUGUCACGGUGUUCUUUGAACGCCUCCUGAAGCUCCAGUACCCGAAGGACAGACUAACACUCUUCGUUUACAACCAGCAACCCCAUCACGAGCGUCAGGUCAGCUCUUUCCUGCAGGAUCACGGGAGCCUUUAUCGGGGCGUCAAAUCCAUCGGGCCCGAGGAGGAGAUGGACGGAGCCGCUGCUCGGGACUUGGCCUUGGACGUGUGCCGGAAGGACAAGGACUGUGAAUACUUCUUCAACUUGGACAUUGAAGUUGUAUUAAAGAACGAGAACGUUCUUAAAAUCCUCAUUGAACAAAACCUUCCAGUGGUGGCGCCCAUGAUCACUCGAACGGGACGGUUGUGGAGCAACUUCUGGGGAGCUCUGAGCGCAGAAGGCUACUACGCAAGAUCCGAGGACUACGUGGACAUCGUCCAGGGACGGCGGGUGGGCGUGUGGAACGUCCCGUACGUGUCUAGCGUGUACCUGGUGAAAGCCAACCUCCUGCGAUCAGAGCUGAAGGACUAUGAGAUGUUCAGCUCAGAGAGCCUGGACCCCGACAUGACCUUCUGCCUCAAGAUCCGGGACAAGGGGAUCUUCAUGUAUGUGUCCAACAUGCACACCUUUGGUCGCAUCCUGUCAACAGAAAACUACCAGACGGAUCAUCUGCACAAUGACCUGUGGCAGAUCUUUGAAAACCCCCUGGACUGGCAGGCCCGCUACAUCCACGAGAACUACAGCCGCAUCAUGAAUGACAAGCUGAUAGAAACCCCGUGUCCAGAUGUGUACUGGUUCCCCAUUUUCAGCGAUGUUGCCUGCAACCACCUUGUUGAGGAAAUGGAAAACUUUGGAAAAUGGUCGGGAGGCGCGAACGUGGAUCAAAGGAUCCAGGGAGGCUACGAGAACGUCCCCACCAUCGAUAUCCACAUGAAUCAAGUCAACUUUGAGAAAGAAUGGCAGAAGUUCCUGGUGGAGUUCAUAGCUCCCAUCACAGAGAGAAUGUACCCAGGUUACUACACUAAGUGCUCCAACCCCUUGAGCUUCGUGGUGAGGUACAAACCUGACGAGCAGCCCCUGCUCGAGCCUCACCAUGACGCCUCCACUUUCACUAUUAACGUAGCUCUCAACAGCAAAGAAACUGACUACCAGGGUGGGGGAUGCAGGUUCCUGCGCUACAACUGCUCCGUGCAGGCUCCUCGUAAAGGCUGGGCCAUCAUGCACCCGGGCCGCCUCACCCACUACCACGAAGGCCUGCCCACGACCGCGGGCGUCCGCUACAUCGCCGUGUCCUUCGUGGACCCCUGAACAGGCCAGCAACUGUAGUCCAGGCCCAACGGGACGCGCUCCCAGCAUGCACUCCAGCAUUGGUCCUACUUCUCCAGCUCAUGUCUUUUAUCCUCAAAGCACCACAUCCAAUAUCCACAACCAUCUCCUGCAGAAGCCCGGCUCCUUCCAGAGCGUUCAUCCCAUCCUCUGACACAAACAUUUGUUUAGACCACAUGCUCUGGAAGAGUUCAUCAACUCUGCACACUUCUGAAAAUACGAAGGCCUGCAGGAACUUUGGGAUCCAAACGUACUUUGAAGGCCUUCAUCUCUUCAGUUAUGCAGACUUUUAGGGGUUCAAGAUACAGCUUUUUUCAUCUUUUAAUUAAUGCAUUUAUUCCAGCUGAAAACGUUACGAGGAAUAAAGUCAUCCUUCAUGGUAAAAUCCAGUCAGUACAGGUGCAUCAUGGGAUGUGUAGUGUCCUGUGUUUUGGAUGCCUCCUUCACAAGGGAUUUGAUGCAAUUCACCGUUUCUUCCAAACACUUGCAGUAAGCUUCUGUGUGUCAGCAAGUUGGUGCUAGUUUAACUAAAAUGUGCACAAGAACAGGAAUUAGGUCUCUUGAAUCAGCUGGUACUUUGUUACACUCACACCUGGUUUGAAAAGGAUGCUGGAGUGACAUUCGGGCUUCUGUUUGGUCUGGAUCACAAACCUGUUUCUUCCAGUCAGCUGUUCGGCUUUGAUCCUUUUUUAGCUGCGAUUGUAAAAACUUUACCUUAAACCUUCACAGCAGGUUACAUCAGCGGCCUUCUUCCAUUUCAAAAGUCUUUUUUAAUCCGAGACACACCAAAGAUGAUCUAUUUAUUUUUUGUACACUAGAUCUUAAAGCCUCAUGUCAGUGUCCCUGCUUUCUACGAGAUUUCUUUUGGAAUCAGAGCUCAGGUUUUUCUAUAAAUGUGUGGCGAUGUUGAUCACGUUAAAGGCUUUUAAACAACUUGAAUAAAGCGGUGAACCCG